AUGCCUAUCCCAUAUCAAGUCGCCUUCAAGCCACUGACCAAGCCCGAAGUCGGUGUCAAUGGCUAUGUCGAGCCUUCUCCAGGAAAAUCAGAGGUCAUACCCAAGGGCUCUGCGCCAUACAAUGCCAGAAAACUUGAAUCCGACGUUCGGAUCGACCAUGAUGUCGCUAUCACCGUUCGAGACGGCUGCCAACUCUACGCUGACAUCUACCGACCAACGAGCGCCGAAAAAGUACCUGUGAUUAUACCAUGGUCCCCCUAUGGCAAGAAAUACUCCGCGCUUGAGAUGAUUUUCAAUGUCUGCACUUGGGCUUGUUGUCUGGAGCGCGGUGAUUUAAGUGGACUGGAGAAAUUUGAGGGCUUGGACCCGGCUUGGUGGGUGGCGCGAGGCUACGCUAUUGCCAGCGUUGAUGCCCGCGGAGCUGGUAACAGUGAUGGCGAUACGUGCUGUAUGGGGUUGCAAGAAGCUGAAGAUGCACACGACGUGAUUGAGGGUCUCGCCAAGCUGGCAUGGUGUAAUGGCAACGUCGGCAUGGCGGGAUCUGGAGACAUCUUUCGGGAGCAAUUCUGUCGAGGUGGAUGGUUCAACAUGAGCAAUUAUGAUCUGAUCACCACGCUGGUCAUCAAGGGAAAUUCCGGGGUUGAGGACAUUGCCGAAAUGUAUCGCCGGAGCCCACAAUCCAACGUUUACUGGAACGACAAGCGGGUCGACAUGACAAAGAUCAACAUCCCAUGCUUCAUUACCGGAUCUGACUUCAGCCAAAUUCACACCAUGGGUGCCAUUCGCGGAUGGAUGGAAGUCGGCACGGACAAGAAGUGGAUCAAAUGGAGUGGUUACCAAGAGUGGUUUGAGCUUUACGCGGUACCCGAGAGCUACCUAGAAUUGAAGGAAUUCUUCGACAAAUACCUCAAGGGUAUUGAUAACGAUUGGGAAAAGACACCCAAAGUACGCUGGACAACUCUUCCAUUUGGAAACAAAGAUGUCACCAGCGACAUAGUCCUCCCCGAUUUUCCCGUACCAAACACCGAUUACCGUACCCUAUACCUUACCUCAGACGGUUGCCUCUCUCCUGAACUUCCGAGUCAAAGUGGUACAGCUGUGCACAACUCGGAAGACCGAUGGUCUGUCUCAAAGUUCAAGUAUACCUUUACGCAGAAGAGCCGGCUCCUUGGCCUUCCCAAGAUAGAGCUCUUCAUGAGCUGUAUGGAGCUAGAUGACAUGGUCGUAUUUGUGCAGCUACGUAAGCUCAGCAAGGAAGGCAAAGAGCUCGGACAGCUACAAUUCCCCUUCGAUCGUGCACCGGUCAAUUCCAUGGACGAAAUUGCGGAGAAAGACAGAGUGAGUUUAACAACCCAUCUUGGCUCCAUCGGCAUUCUGCGCGCUUCGCAGCGAAAGAUCGAUUCGAACCGCUCCAUACAUCCCCAGUUUCCCUUCCACCCCCAUGAUGAAGUCCAAAAGGUACCGAAGGGAGAGGUGGUAAAGUUGGAGAUUGGUAUCUGGGCUAUGGGUGUCGACUAUGAGGAGGGUGAGAGUGUUCAAGUGGAUAUUCUGGGCCAGUACCCAGGUUUCACUGAGGUUGCAGCGUUCUCUAAGCCUAGACCUGACUACGAGAUGAACAAGGGGGAGCACACCGUCCACUUUGGUGCAGAGUUCCCUAGUCGAGUCAUUCUCCCUUUUGUGCCACUAUAG